AAUUGCAACGGUAUACAAAGCAACAGCGCCCAACAUGUCUAAAUCUGUCCACACAAACCUAACAGAAGGUACUCAAAGUACAACAGAGGUCAGGUUUGGAAAAGAAUACUACAAUUAUUUCGACGCUAAAGCCUAUUUGAGUUCUUAUUUCAGUGGGAUUUCCGAAGAAACCUACUUUCAGUUUACCAUGCGUAAUUUCCACGAGGCUUGGUCCAAAAUGCCCGAGGGAAAUCUUCGUGUGUUAGAAUUUGGUGGAGGUCCAAACAUUUCUGCUCUAAUCAGCGCCGAACCUUACACGAAAGAGAUAAUUUUUGCCGAGUACAGCGAAAGGAAUCGGCGAGAAGUGGAGGGAUGGCUGCAGAAAUCACCUGAUUCUCAUGAUUGGUCAUCGUAUUUCAACUUUGUCGUUCAGAACUUGGAAGGAAAGACAAGCGAAGACGUGUCAUUUCGACAAGAUGCACUGAGGGAGAAAAUUACCCAUAUUUUACCGUGUGAUAUUGGAUGGGAGGACCCGGUAAAAUGGCCAUCUUCGUGGUCCUCACAGAUUCGAUCGUUUGAUGUGAUCACAACAAAUCUGUGUCUAGAAGUUUCCGUGACUUCUAUAGAAGACUAUCGCCACGCGAUCGCCAAGCUGUCAAGGUACUUGAAAGCUGGUGGAUAUUUUGUCAUGCAUGGAGUUCUGGGCGAGAGUUUUUACAUGGUUGGUAAUGAAAAAUUUUAUUGCUUUCCUCUGAGUAAGAGCAUUAUUGAAGAAACUUUUGCAGAAGAGGGAUACCAGAUUCUUGAUCUGAAGGUACUUACCGUAGAUUCAACAGUGUCAAAGGGGAAUUACGAUGCCCAAGGUUGGUUCCUUUUCAGAGGCAGGUUUGACGAGCAUGCAUAGCCCAUCUAGAUGUCAGUUGUAAUGAUUGCUGAUGGCUAUUCAUUGACAGGCAGAGAAGUGGCUAGCGCUCAAAAAAUUAGUAACUUAGGCACAGUUUUUAUACUUACAGUGGUCUCGUCAGAAAGUAAUAAUCAAAUAUGAGGUUCUUUUAGUCUUCACUUGUUUGUACCAGAUCUUUUCUGUUACAAUGCCCAUUGCUCCAUUUUUUUUAUCUUGUCCUUGUGCUUCUAGUUUGUUUAUAAGUUCUCCAGUCCAGUAUAUUAACCCUUCAACUUCCAAGAUCAAAUUGUUAAUUCCCCUCAAGCUGCCACACAUUUCCUUGUAAAUUAGUAAUGAGAAUUUGGUGUUAGAUCAAGAUAACAACUUCUACCUCAUAAGUUUGAAUAUUCUCAUCACUUAUUUGCUGGAUAAUGUAAGGAUACUAUAGGGAGAAGUUUCAUGUUGAUCACUUCUGGGAGUUAAAGGGUUAAAAGGAUGCAAGGAAAUGAUAAUUGUACAAAGUGUGGUGAUUGAUAUUUUAACCUUUUCACUCCCAAGAUCUCAGAAGUAAUUCUCAUUACUUCCCAUACAAUUCUUUGGAUGUUACAAUCUGGAAUUGGAUCAACUUAUUAUCUCCCAGUUGAUCUUUCUCUUUAUUCCCAUCACUUGUCUGUUUGGUUACUCAAGGGAGUUAAAAGGUUGAUGUGAUUAUUAAGAGUACUCUACAGGUAUCUAAUGUAGAGUGAUGUACUGACAAAGAUAUGAAAGGUAAAAAUAACAUGGAACAUACCGUAUUUACCCAUGUAUAAGUCGAACCCGUGUAUAAGUCGAACCCGUGUAUAAGUCGACCCCCAAAAAUAAGUUUUUCUUAUUUCUGGGCAAGAAUUUUCUUGAAAAACUAAUCUUAUAUUUCCUAGAAUUUUCUUUCAGGUACUAUGGUUAUAUGGAAAAAAUCCCAGCAAGUUUGGACGUGAAGUUUAUUAUUGCGUGUACGCGAGCGUUUUAGCGUGUUUUAGCGACACGUGUAAGCAGCAUUUUCUUUACAAUUUUUGAAAUUAGCCUACAAAAUCAAACAUACUACUUUCUAACGAACCUUUAUCGUUGUGUAAAGGCGCGCAACAACCAAAACAAAAACCCUACCAACUAGCAUUUUAUUGGAACACGUGCUAAACAAAGUCCUCGUGCUCGCACGAUACAAAGCCAGGUUACUAAGCAGCAAAACUUUGCGAGAAAUGUGGCUUUUGUCGAGCGGACUUGGCUGCUACUAUCAGUUCUUUAUUGAAUCUUAAAGCUUUUAAACUUAGACUGCUCGAGUUGUGCAGGGAAAAGACAUCGCAACUUGUACCGUGUAAAAGUGGAUUGUUUGUUUACAUAUCAGACAAUUAUUAUGCUAAUUUGUCCUGAAAGUUUUUUAUCUCAGAUUUUGACCCAUGUAUAAGUCGAGGGCGAUUUUUUGGACCAAUUUUUAGGCAGUAAAAGGUCUACUUAUACACGGGUAAAUACAGUACAUAGCACUUUAAGAAAAGGACUGCAUUUUACUUUUUUAGUCAAUCAUAUAUUCUUCAGAUUCAGGUACUUGCAAUAUGGACAUGUAAGAAUUUUUCUUAACACGAUAAACAACAUGGAAUUCAUCAUUUGCAUAUCUUUGAGGUUUGUUUUCUUUGAAGCACUCAAUCUUCAGUAGAGGUUAAACUUCCGGGAACAGUUAUUGAAAACAUGCCUUUGAGGUUUGUUUUCUUUGAAGCUCUCAAUUUUAACAGGGGUCAAAACUCCAUGGGGUAGUUAUUGCAAAUGUAUCUUUGAAGUUUGUUUUCUUUGAAGCUUUCAAUCUUCAAUAGGGGUCAAAAUUCAUUAGAAAAGUUAUUGAAAACAUAUCCUUAUCCAAACAUAUUUCAGAGAAAAACACUUUUUGCCAAUCAGGUUUGCACAAAGAAUCUCCCCUCCCCCUUCUAACAAUGUUGAUGAAAUGAAACAAUCACAACAUCUUGGUAGGUUGAUAGAAUGCACAAUUUUAACAUCAUGUGGGAGAGAGGGAGGGGAGAAAAUUAGAUCAACUUCAAUAAACUCAUGUUAAGUAUCCCAUGAAUUUUAACCUCCGCUGUCUGAAAAUCAUCCAUUUUAGUUAUUAAAUUACUGUCAGUAAAAGUAGUGAAUUUUUGAUAAAGAACGAUUCAUAGGAUAAAAAAUGAUAAUUAUGAUUUAGGCAAGGUGUAAUUAUUUGACCAUAAACAAUAUUUUCCCUUGACUAGGAAAAAACAUUGUGCUGGCUCAAUAUACACUGUCUAGAAUAGUUUGAUUACCAUGCAUUAAUUUGAAGAAAAAGUGGGGAAUAUCAUCAUUUUUUGGUAAAUCAGGGUAAGUGUUCCAAGAUCUCCAUUGUUCAUGCAUCCUUGCUGAUGUAGAAUGUUCCUGAUGUAAAUCCCUUUCAUGCCUUCAAACAUUCUCAGUACUUUGUCUUAAUAAAAUUGUAUUAACUAUCUAAUUAAUUUGUACUAAAUAAACAGG